AUGGCUCGUAAAGCAUCAGCUGCUAAUGAUUAUAAAUCUUUAACUGCCUCUUCAAUUUGUGUUGAGUCUAUCACAGACAGCCAAUCUGAUAUUGGGGAGAAGCUACUGGCAGUUGAAAGUGAUUCAUUCAAGAUGAGUCACUUGGAAAUGAACGAAUGUGAUCCAAGUGGCUCCUCACGUGCCUGCGCUCAUGAUACAGAACUUGAUCGAGAUAAGUAUCAGAAGCCUAUUGGAAGAAACCUCAUGGUCCCAUCUGUAGAAAUCAAUCUUAUGGAUGAUUUUCUGGAAAUGGAAAGACUUGCAGCUUUGCCAGAUACAAAUAGUGGAAGUUCUUAUCUUGAGCCAGAACCUGUAUCAGAUAAAGGCAAUGGUAGUGGAAACCCGUGGAAAGAAGAACUAGAAUCCAUGAUUAACAGGACUGCUGAACUAGAGGAGAAGUUGGAAAAGAUGGAAGAAGAAAAAUUUAAAUCAGAAAUGGCUUUGACUGAAUGCCAGAAACAGCUUGAGACGUUGAGGAGUCAGCUGAAGGAAGCAGAUGCAAGGAUGGGAGAGCAGCAAGUUCAGUUAGCUCUUGCAAAUGAAUCAAGACAAACUAGAGAGGAAGAGAUAAAGGGCAUUGAAGCAAAGACUGAAGAGACAGAAUCACAACUCAUCAUUGCUAAAGCUGAGAUCAAAACCUUGCUUUCUAAAGUUGUUUCAUUAGAUUCAGAGGUUGAGAAAGAGCGUGCUUUGUCAGCUGAGAAUGCUGCAAAGAGCCAGAAGUUGGAAGAUGAGCUCUCAGAAAUGAAACGUGAAGCUGAGCUCCAGCAUGAGAAUGAGCGCAGGCGUGUUGCCAGCUUUAAUGAAGAGUCGAAGAUAGCACAGGAGAAAGAGCUAGCUGUUGCCGCAAGUAAACUUGCGGAGUGCCAGAAAACGAUCUCAUCUCUUGGUCUUCAGUUGAAAUCUCUUGCAACAUUCGACGACUUCCUGCUUGAUUCUGAGAAAUCCUCAGAUGUCAGUAGUGAAGGAUUAAAGGGUCAAGCGGAUGGUGAACAAUGGAAACCAGAUCCUAGAAAUCUAUCUUCAGAUAGAGAUUCUGAGGUCUUCCAAGUCAGUGGAGGUGCUUUAAGAUCAAAGAAUGGCAGUGCUAGGGAGUCAUCAUUAUCAUUAAACUCAAGCUUUGUUUCUGAAAAGAACCGAAAUGGGUUUGGAAAGUUUUUCCCCAGAGGUCAGAAUAGGGUUCGAAAUGAAAAUUAG